AGGAAGGGGUUUCCCGAAAUCGGGCAAGAUGGGGACAUAGCCGGAGCAGCGGCGAGGAGUCUGAUCGCCUUCCGAACCGCCCGUGGUUCCCGUCUCCCUGCGGAAGGAGGAGGGGAAGAUGCCUCUGCUUGGCAAGAGGCAGCCUGCGUGACCGCUGACCGAAGCUAUGUGCUGAAAUCGGGGAUCUCGACAAAAUGGGAGCGCUCGUGUUCUUUGUGACUUGCAGCCUACUUCUGACUGGGGUACAAGGGCACAGUUUAUUCACAUGUGAACCGAUUACUAUUUCCAGAUGUUCAGGAAUGACUUACAAUAUGACUUUUUUUCCAAAUAUCAUGGGACACUACGACCAGGACACUGCUGCUCUCCAAAUGGAGCCUUUCCUUGCUCUUAUGAAUCUUCACUGUUCACCAGACGUCCAGACAUUUCUGUGCAAAGCAUUUGUCCCUGCCUGCCUGGAGCAAGUUCAUGUGAUUCACCCUUGUCGAAGCCUCUGUGAGCAAGUAUAUUCUGACUGUAAACAAUUGAUUGAUACUUUUGGUAUCGUAUGGCCUGAAGAGCUGGAAUGUAACAGACUGGUCAACUGCGAUGAGACUGCUCCUGCUACUGCUGCUGUAACUACAAAUGUGCAUGGAACUCAGAAGACCCCAGGACAGACCCGCAGAGAUUACGGAUUCUGGUGUCCACGACACUUGCACACUUCCAAUGGACAAGGCUACAAGUUUCUAGGAAUUGAUCAGUGUGCACCCCCAUGUCCCAAUAUGUACUUCAAAAAUUAUGAAUUGGAUGUUGCAAAAAGCUUCAUUGGAAUCGUUUCAAUUUUUUGUCUUUGUGCUACACUCUUCACAUUCCUGACUUUUCUAAUUGAUGUUAAAAGGUUCAGAUACCCAGAGAGACCGAUCAUAUAUUAUUCAGUCUGUUACAGCAUAGUGUCUCUUAUGUACUUUAUUGGAUUUUUACUUGGAAAUAGAACUGCCUGUAACAAGGCAGAUGAUAAGUUAGAAAUUGGUGAAACGGUGGUUCUUGGCUCUCAAAACAAAGCCUGUACUGUCCUCUUCAUGGUUUUGUAUUUUUUCACUAUGGCAGGAACUAUAUGGUGGGUGAUCCUUACGAUCACUUGGUUCCUUGCAGCAGGAAGAAAAUGGAGUUGUGAAGCUAUUGCACAGAAGGCCAUGUGGUUCCACACAGUUGCAUGGGGGAUACCUGGUUUUCUAACCAUUAUGCUUCUUGCAAUGAACAAAGUUGAAGGGGACAAUAUCAGUGGAGUUUGUUUUGUGGGUCUCUACGAUCUGGAUGCAUCUCUGUACUUUGUGCUUUUGCCAUUGUGCCUUUGUGUUUUUGUUGGUCUCUCUCUUCUUUUAGCUGGUAUUAUCUCUUUAAACCAUGUGCGGCAAGUCAUACAGCAUGAUGGCAGGAACCAAGAGAAGCUAAAGAAAUUUAUGAUCCGAAUUGGAGUUUUUAGUGGUUUAUACUUGGUGCCACUUGUGGCACUUCUUGGAUGUUAUGUCUAUGAACUGGUGAAUCGGAAAAUCUGGGAAACAACUUGGGUCUUCGACCACUGUGACCAGUACCACAUUCCUUGUCCUUAUCAGGCAAAGGCAUUAGCAAGACCAGAAAUAUUUUUGUUUCUGAUGAAGUAUCUACUGACAUUAAUUGUUGGCAUAUCUCCAGUCUUUUGGGUGGGAAGUAAAAAGACCUGUUCUGAAUGGGCCAAUUUCUUCAACAGAAACCGCAAAAGAGAUCCAAUCAGUGAGAGUCGAAGAGUACUGCAAGAAUCAUGUGAAUUUUUCUUGAGGCACAAUUCCAAAGUUAAGCAUAAAAAGAAGCACUACAAAUCCAGUUCGCACAAACUGAAAGUUAUUUCAAAAUCAAUGGGGACUAGUACAGGUGGCACAGCAAAUCACGGAACUUCUGCAGUAGCAAUCACUAAUCAUGAUUACUUAAGCCAGGAAACUGUAACGGAAAUUAAAACAUCUCCAGAAGCAUCUGAGAAGGAGAUGGAGGCAGAUGGAACAUCAACCCAAAAAAUCGAGGAAGGUGAAAAUUUGCGUGGAGAUCCAAUGUUAUCUAGUUCUAAGCUGACCGUGGAUCAGGUGGAAAAAAGAGGCAAAGCAGAUAAUACAUGUGAUAUGAGUAGCUUGUCUGGGAGUAUGAAGAGAAUAGGUGAAGGAAGGAUAACUCCUAAAAAUGAUUUUAUCGACUCUCCUCCAUUGCAAAGCAGCAGUUCCCAAAUACCUGAUGUCUCACAGUCUGGUUCAAUGUCACUACUUGUCUACUCAGCUUCAGACAGCAGAAAAGAGUUGAAUUCUGGAAACAGUUUAAACCCUUGAAAGAUGGAAAAUUUCAUAUGAACAUUUUCAGUUUUUAAAACUGGUGAGGAUUCUGUGUUACACUGGAAAUAGUUGAUAUUCUGUGCCUUAUUUAAAAAAAAAAGACACAUAUCUUGUUUUGCACUUAUGGAAAUGUAAGUUCUGUAAUGGGGACAACUAGCAAUAAUGUACUCUAUUUAAUCCCAUCCAGGAAUAAUGGAAACUAAAGUUCUACAGGACACAGCUGGAUUGACUGGCAGUAAUUUAAGAGAAAGAGAGGAGAGAAACAAAUACUGUUCUCAAUAUUAAGAACACUUUGUAAUAACUUGCAUUAAAAUGAUGCAUGGAAAGCAGUGUUACUUUUCGAGGCAUAAAAGUUCCAUCUGCAUCUUUGAUAUUUUUCAGAUUUUGUUGUUAACAAUUCUUCUUUUAACUAUAUCUUAAAAGGCUGUAUCACUUAAAAUUGAGAUACAAAGGUAUAAAUACUUUCGAAAGUAUGUGUCUGGAGAUAUCGAUUGUAGCACUGUUUUUAUGGUAGUUUCUACACUGAAUAUGAAAGGAAAUCUGGAAUUAUAGUGAUUUAUUUUGUACAUAGAAAUGAAUUAUGUAAAUAACUGACUGCAUAAGAUCAAUAUUUAGAACUACUGUUUUGUCUGUAUUGCACAAACUUGGUAAAGGUAAUGUGCUUCCAGUAGAUAUUACUAAAGUCAACAGUCUUUUGAUGAUCGAACACAAAAAAUACCUUUGUAUAUAAUGUACACCAUACACUGCACAUCUGGGGGGAAUACUGGUAAGACACCUGUGCAUCCUGUUACAGGGAUGGUACAAUGGAUGCAGCAGUGCUACCGAAAAAUGCUUCCUUGAGCCCCUCCUGGUGUGGUGUUCCAGUGCAUCAUGCCAGACAAGAUACCUGAAGACGUGGGGACAGAAUCGGAAGUAUACAUUUUUCUGCUGAGCUGCAGUGAGAGUGUAUCUGUUUCCCUUUGUUUCUAUGCAACUGACUUGAAUUUUUUUA